AUGGCCAAUCGAAAAACUGGCCCCAGGCCGGUACCGUCCAGGAGGCCAGGCCAGGCCGCCACCAGGCCAGGCCAGGCCAGGCCAGGCCAGGUCAGGCCAGGUAUCAGGCCAGGCCAGGGAGGCCAGGCCAGGCCAGGAGGCCAGGGAGGCCAGGCCAGGCCAGGCCAGGAGGCCAGGGUCCAGGUAGGCCAGGCCAGGAGUAGGAGAUCCAGGCCAGGCCAGGACCAGGCCAGGCCAGGCCAGGCCAGGCCAGGCCAGGCCAGGCCAGGCUUUCAGGCCAGGUCAGGCCAGUGUGCAAGGCCAGGCCAGGAGGCCAUGAGGCCAGGCCAGGCCAGGCCAGGCCAGGCCAGGCCAGGCACAGGGUCGCGUAUACCAGGAGGUGCCAGGUGCCAGGCCAGGCGAGGCAAGGCAGACCUGCUGGCCAGGCUGGCAGGAUCCAGGCCGGAGGCCAGGCCAGGCCAGGCCAGGCCAGGCCAGUCCAGGCCAGCGAGGCCAGGCCAGGCCAGGCCAGGGUUCAGGCCAGGCCAGGCCCAGGCGGGCCAGGCCAGGCCAGGCUCUGGGCAGGCGCAGGGUGCAGGCCAGGCCAGGCCAGGCCAGGCCAGGCGGUUGGCCCCAGCUGUGGAAAAGCCAGGCCAGGCCAGGCCAGCCAGGUACCAGGCCAGGCCAGCUUGCGGUUUCUGCGCCGCCAGGCCAGGCCAGGCCAGGCCAGGCCAUGGAUACCUAGCCAGGCAAGGCCAGGCCAGGCCAGGCCAGGCUCCGGCCAGGAUCUCAGGGCGGAGGAUGGCCAGGCCAGGUCCAGGCCCAUUGUGUGCCAGGCCAGGCCAGGUCAGCGCGCGCCAGGCCCGGCGCAUCCUCCAGGAGAAGCCCUGUAAAGGCCAGGCUGCUGGUGGUGUGGAUGGCCAGGCGAAAGGCCAGGCCACCAGGUGCGAAAGGCCAGGCCAGGAAUACCGGGGGGUUUUUAGGGGUAAGAAUCCCACAGUAUCCACCGUCAUCCCGCUGGCCAGGUGGUUCUCUUUCUGA